CUUCUGUUUUUAACAAGACCAGCAGUACGGCACGUCAUAAUAGUGUAGUAUGUCAUGAUGGUUCAUUGUUUAGUGCUCUAUUGUGCUGUUUUUUGUAUCUAACAGAUGCUUUAAUCGAGUUAAUAACAUAAUAGCUUCGGCUAUGUUUCUCUAUGGGGUGACGUAAAUGGCCCAGGCUCGGCGGUGAGCGAGGCCUCGCGCGCGUUGUCUGCCCCCUCCCGCCCCUGUUGGCGGCGCGCAGCCUGAUUGGCCCGGGCCUGCGAAAGCUUGCUCGGGGAUUCUGGAUGUACAGGCCGCAGACGCACUACGCCUGGAAAAUAAAGCUAAAACCGGAUUAUGAUCUCUUCGGUGCAAUAAGAAGGGCGUCGGCGUGCCAACGACGAAUCAACGGACCAGGUGUUUUCCUCCCUGAUGAUACACAAACACACACACACAUGCUGUGUUGCUUAAUAUUUGACACUUUUUAUGUGUAUUAAAUAUACAGUCAACAAAUGUGAAGCAUUGUUAAAAAAAAUAAUCCAAGAAAAUGGAUCGAGGAGGAGGGGUCUUAGAGCUUCACUCCCAGGAUUUGAAAAUGCCCCACACAAUGAUAAUGCAAGACUUUGGCAUGGGGGGCAUGGCCCACAUAGACGGCGAGCACAUUGUGGUAUCGGUACCCGAAGCCGUGCUGAUAUCGGAUGUGAAUACCGACGAGGGCAUCCUGCUGGAGCAUGGGCUGGAGGCUGAAGUGGUGGAAGGGCCUGGUAUUGGCAGGGAGGAUGUCAUCAUGUCUGAAUCUAUCCUGGGAGCAGAGGUGGCCAUUGAAGAGGCUCUGGACGCUGACCACCAUGUCCUGGCUGCCGAACUUAUCGAAGAAACGGUGCCUGAACAGGUGUUUGUGACCGAUCUAAUGUCCACACACGAGGACAGUCCACUGAGCCCUGAGCUGGUGUCGGAGGAGGUGAUGGUCGCAGACACGGAGUCCAUAGUUCACGCACACGAGACGACGCCACCCUGUGCGACCCUUAAGACCGAUGACGAAGAAGAUGGCAAGAGCGCCUCGGAAGACUACCUCAUGAUCUCAUUGGAUGAUGUUGGGGAGAAGUUGGAUAUCGGUGACACACCAUUAAAAAUCAGCACAGAGGUGGGCCAGGACGACGAAUCCAAAGAGGAUGAGUUUGGCUCUGAGGUUAUCAAAGUGUACAUCUUUAAGGCCGAAGGGGAUGAAGAUGUGGAAAUAGGUGGAACAGAGGUUGUUGAGGAGAGUGAUUUCCCCAACGGGCACGCAGUGUUGGAGCCAACAACAGCAAGCACGGGUCGUUUGCCCAGGGAGAAAAUGGUCUACAUGGCAGUGAAGGAUACCAGCCAAGGACAGGAAGAUCUGAGUGAGCAAACCUUGUUCUUAAAGCAUGACGUUUCUGAGAUGACUGACCAAGUGUACAUGGAGGUGAUCGUUGGGGAAGAUGAGGCUCCUGCCAUACAGGAAGCGCAACUGGAGGAUUCGCCAUCUAAUAAGACCUUUGUUCCUGUUGCAUGGGCAGCUGCCUAUGGUAACAAUCUGGAGUCUCAUUUAGAGAGUAAACACGGUGCAAGCACUCCAUACCUGCAAAUCAGCGACAGCAUCAGUACAAGCCGCGCUCUCAAACAGAGGAUCAAGAAGAAGAAGAAGGGCGAGACCCGGCAGUGCCAGACCGCUGUAAUAAUCGGCCCUGACGGCCUGCCGCUGACGGUCUAUCCUUGCCACAUCUGCGGCAAAAAGUUCAAGUCGCGCGGGUUCCUGAAGCGGCACAUGAAGAACCACCCGGACCACAUGUUUAAGAAGAAGUACCAGUGUACAGACUGCGAUUUCACUACUAAUAAGAAGGUCAGCUUUCACAACCACCUGGAGAGCCACAAGCUCAUCGUCAAGAACGAGAAAGUCCCGGAGUACACGGAGUACACGCGGCACUACCGGGAGGCGAGCCCGCUCAGCCCCAACAAGCUGAUCUUGCGUGAUAAGGAACCCAAGCUGCACAAGUGCAAGUACUGCGAAUACGAGACGGCUGAGCAGGGCCUGCUCAACCGCCACUUGCUGGCCGUGCACAGCAAAAACUUUGCACACGUUUGCGCAGAGUGCGCUAAGGGCUUUCGCCACCCGUCCGAGCUCAAGAAGCACAUGCGGACACACACGGGCGAGAAGCCGUACGGCUGCCAACGCUGCGACUUCCGCUGUGCCGACCCUUCCAACUUAAAGACUCACGUAAAGACCAAGCACGGCGCCGAGCUGCCGUUCAAGUGCGCUCACUGCCCGCAGGCAUUUGCCGACGACAAGGACCUGCAGCGGCACAUGGAGGUUUUCCAGGGCCACAAGACUCACCAGUGCCCACACUGUGAGCACAAGAGCACCAAUUCGAGCGACCUGAAGCGCCACGUCAUCUCCGUGCACACCAAGGACUUUCCGCACAAGUGCGACGUGUGCGAAAAAGGCUUCCACCGGCCGUCCGAGCUCAAAAAGCACGCGGAAACGCACCGGGGCAACAAGGUGCACCAGUGUCGGCACUGCGACUUUAAGAUCUCGGACCCUUUCACUCUGAGUCGGCAUAUCCUGUCCGUGCACACGAAAGAGCUGCCUUUUAAGUGCAAACGCUGCAAGCGUGGCUUCAGGCAGCAGAACGAACUCAAGAAACACGUGAAGACUCACAGCGGCCGCAAAGUCUACCAGUGCCAGUACUCUCUUAGCUGGACUCGGCCAGAAUGUUAGAAAAAGGGAAAGCAGAAAUGGUGGGGGGAAGAUCAUCUACAUGAGUUCCCAGGACAGAGGUUAGUAAAGACCUGACAUGUUGCUGCUAGGAGUCUUUGCUUAAAUCAGACAUUGGUUGGAAACACAUGUAUACUACUUGAAUAUAAUAGAAUAUGUUGUCUUAUAAAUGCACACUAUGUUUUGGAAUAAUAAUAAUAAUAAUAAUCACAAUCACUACGGGACAUGGUAUUCAAUCCAACUCCAGGGCUUCUAAACAUCCUCGAUUCGUUUUCCCCUGCUGUUCGAUCUGCAUAACCGAAGGUCUCCAUAAUAACAUGAUUAUCUCAAAUAGGAUAUUUACUACCAAAGAAAACAAAAAUACCUGGCAUGUGUGAGUAGCGCAUAGGACUGAGAGCUAGUGUCUUUGAGAAAAGGACUUUGCUAGUGAAAUUCUUGCAAUUAAUCUAAUUAAUUUAAAUCUUUUUCUUUCUUAUGUCUGUUACUAAUGGCUUUCUUAUAUGAAAGCACCAAGUGAACCGUUGUUUGUCUUUUUUUCCCCCCCCCAAAAUGGCCAGAAAGUCCAUUAUAAAGGAAUACGUUUGGAUGAUGAUUAGUAUUUAAACGAUUUUGUUCUCCGUACAAACAUCUAAAUUUCUGCUCGCAAUGCUUUUGAAGCCCUCCGUGCAAUGCUUCAAAGACUUAUUUUUAUAUUAAAAAUUAGAAAAAGCGCCUCUCGCUUUCCCAAUGCUGUUUACGCCGUGUUAUUAAACUUUAAAGUUGAAUGUUCUGAUCAAUUUUAAAAUGGAAACCUAAGAUGCAUUCAGGCAAGGAUUUUUUUUUCUGUAUCAGAGUUGGAUUGUGUGUAUUGUUACACCCCUAUUAUAUUAUAGGACCAUUCGUAAUCCAUCUUUAAGCUAUUUGCCUCCAUAUUAGCAAUCAAUCCUUACAGUAUUAAAUUCUCAAACAUCCCCCCCCUCCCCCACCCAACAUAUCUAAUAAUUUGUCUGAGAAUAUACAUGAAGACUGAAAUAUUAUUCUAGCGACUCAAUGGAUAGAACUAUCUAGAAUCGCUCCGAGACAUAACCUUUUAAUCACCUACAGAUCGGUGACUGCUGUAGUCCAGUAUAUUUACAUGUUCAGUCCUUGCUCCACCGUGUCCAAAGGAUAGAAAUGAGAGUGGUACUACAAGAAAUUACUUUUUUGAGACUCUGACCUGUUUUAUCCUCAAAAAAAAAUUAAAAAAAAAAAUAUAUAUAUAAUUUUUUAAUUUUUUUAAUUUUAUUUUUUUUUAAAUAUGCAGUUUUAAAGAGAGACCUCUAUUACAAGUCAAAUAUAUUUAAAGCUAUGAAGAAAUUAAUAGUUCAAAUAUCGCUGGCAAAACUUGGAUGAAAGAAUUUAAUUUUACUAUUCUUUAUUGCUUUUAAACAUGACCUUGAACAUAGACAGAACACAGUGAGGGCAGACGCAUUGACAGAGACCCGUAAGAACUUAAGAUGGCUACAUAUACAUAAGGAAAAAAAAAAAAUUUAACACGUGGACAAGCCAUAUUUGGCGAUGCAACCAAUCCAUAACUUCAAAAAUAUUUCCGAACCAUGAGGGCAUAUCACUGUAAUGUGUUUUUAAAAUUUUUUUUAUAAAAAUAAACAUGUCACAUGCUGUUUAAAUAGAUAUAGAGAUAUAUAAUAUUUGUUAAAAUAUAGGUACUAUGUAACUAUGAUACAUUACUGCUAUAAAUGAUCAACUAUACUUUACACUCACGUGAUUUUUUUUUUUUUUUUUUGCUUUAAAAAAAAAACUAAAUCUGUAGCAGUGUUAGAAUAAUUUCAAUGGUUUUCAAGCUGCACAAUCUCGUGUCUUUUACAACCUUUUUUUUACAAGUUAAAUAAGAGACCACUUUCAUAAGAAAGUCUACCUUCAAAUGUUUGGUUUGGAUUUCCUUUGACUAGCAUUUAUAUCGUAUACUCGGGUCUUAUCCAAUAACAGUCAUCCAGCAAAUUAUUGACUUUAUAGUAGCCACUUCGUGUAAAUUUACACUAAAUGAUUUGAAGUGUUUAACAUGCAAGACACCGACCGGAACAAUGAUAUACGAAAAGUAUGAUUCGAUUAUUCAGAUUAGAUUCAGAUGCAAGAGCAGGAGACAGAAGUUUUCAGACAGAAAAAGGCUGUUGAUUUUAUUAAAAUAUAUAAAAGCUCUUAU